AUGAUUGACUUUGAAAUUUAUAGCCGCGAUGUAUUUUCGGACGACUCGCCUCUCCCAAAGGACAUUUUCGGCCGUCUUCAUCGCUUGACCGCUUUUUUCCGAAGAGAGUUACCCGAGGGCAGUCAGCGAGAUUACGAGUUGGCCGUGUCAGAGCUGCGAAAAGCUGCUGUCCUUCUAGCAUCCGCUGGGGACCAUCCCGAGGUGGGCAUGCUAUUUUUUUAUCCUUAUACGGUUCCCAGCAGCAUCAUUGCGGAUAUCCAGGCCGGCAGCCCGUACGCCAUGGUAUUACUUUCGUACUUUGCACUAUUACUAAGCACCAUUCAACCUCACUUUUGGUUCUUAGAAAGAUGGUUGGAGCAGUUGUUCGAUUGCAUUGAAUUCCAUUUGAAAGGUAACCCAAGACUGUGGGACUUGGCCCAGUGGCCGAGAAGGAAUGUGGCAAGGCUUCAGACGUAG